UAGAUUAAAUUCAACUUCAUUCUUGUUGGCAUGCCCAAAAAAUCGAUGCUAAAGUUCACCACCGAAAUCUAAAAUACUAUCUAAAUAACGUGAACGGUACAGUGAUUAAUUUGUAAAGUGCAUUAGAUAUCAAAUCUCAAUUAAUACUUAACCGUUUAUACAUAUAGCAUUACGUAAUUUUAAUACAAAGAAUUUCUACUAUCGAACGCAUUUUUUGUUUGUUUUUACGAUCAUCUUGUCUAUUCGCUCAUUUCUGGACGAUUUUGGAUCAGUUGUAGGCUCGUGGUGGGAACGCGUUGCAUGACUCGAACCGAGCCUUACUUUUAUAAAGUGCAGCUUUUAAUUUAACUUUUACUUCGUACGUGACCUACUCCAACGACAAAUAAAAUAUGUCCAAUAAUAUUCGAUUGGUAUUUCCUUUCGUUAACGGUAGGAAUGGAGUCCGGGUGCGCCGAUUUAGCAGCGCGUCGCAGGCUACGCUGGAGAAGUCAGGUGAUUGUCAAAAUAAAUCAGUUGCAGCUGUGCGAGGCACAUUUCGACGUAUGCCAGUGCGUACAAUGGCCGCGAGUGCUCACGAGAAUCGGUGUCUCAAUUACGACAAUCUCAAUCCAAAUGUGAAGAUUAUGGAGUACGCGGUCCGCGGACCGAUCGUCAUUAGGGCAACGCAAAUCGCCAAGGAAUUGCAGCAAGGAGUGAAGAAGCCAUUCACCGAAGUGAUCACUGCCAACAUCGGCGAUUGUCACGCAAUGGGCCAAGUACCUAUCACUUUCAUACGUCAGGUCUUAAGUAGCGUUCUUUAUCCGCCGCUUCUGGACGACCCCAGCAUUCCGGACGACGCGAAGCAGAGGGCGAGGGACAUUCUCAAGGCAGCCAGGGGAUCGGUCGGGUGCUACACCGAUUCGACCGGUCUCGAAUUGAUUCGAAGACACGUCGCCGAAUUUAUCGAACGGCGCGACGGUUAUCCGAGCGAUUGGCAAAAUAUCUUACUCUGCGGAGGAGCGAGCGACGGAAUUAAAAACUUUCUAAAACUAUUCAUCUGCACUGUUAACGGAAAACCACCCGGCGUAAUGAUUCCAAUUCCCCAGUACCCGUUAUACUCUGCAUCGCUAGCGGAAAUGGGCAUAACUCAAAUCGGCUACUACUUGAACGAGGCGAAAAACUGGGCGUUAGACGGGGCCGAAUUAGAAAGGGCGCUAGAGGAAAACAAGAAAUGUUGCAUUCCGAAAUGUAUAGUCGUAAUUAAUCCAGGUAACCCCACCGGCCAGGUUUUGACCAAGGAGAACAUACAGGAAAUUAUUAAAUUCGCGCACAAACACUCGCUAUUUAUUCUUGCCGACGAGGUAUAUCAGCACAACGUCUACGCGGAGGGUUCCGAAUUCUUUUCCUUCAAGAAGGUAUUAAUGGAAAUGGGCGAACCGUACUCUUCGAUGGAAUUGGUCAGUUUUAUGUCCUGCUCAAAGGGUUACAUGGGCGAGUGUGGUUUGCGCGGUGGUUACGCCGAAGUGAUCAACAUGUGCCCGCAAGUUAAAGUGAACUACUUGAAAUCGGUUAGCGCAAUGUUGUGCUCGACGGUUAUCGGCCAGGCUUGUAUGGAUACGGUCGUAAAUCCACCGAGAAAAGGAGAGCCCAGUUACGAAAUGUACAUGAAGGAAAGACAAGCAGUAUUAGACUCAUUGAAUAUUCGCGCGAAGAUGGUCGUCGAUGCCUUCAACUCAUUCGAGGGUUUCAGCUGUAAUCCCGUGCAGGGUGCAAUGUACGCGUUUCCAAGAAUCACGCUACCACCGAAGGCGAUCGAAGCCGCGAAGAAAGCCAAUCAACAUCCCGACGUAUUUUACGCCUUCCAGCUGCUCGAAAGGACGGGAAUAUGCAUAGUGCCGGGAUCGGGCUUCGGCCAGCAACCGGGAACAUUCCAUUUCCGUACGACCAUUUUGCCACAACCCGAAAAAUUAAAAGCGAUGUUGGAGAAAUUCAGAAACUUUCAUUUAGAAUUUGUCGAAGAAUAUAAAUAAAAUAACGGAUUUUUUUUUACUUUUUUAAAUAAUUAUUUGUAAAUUUGCCAUUAAGUAUAAGGUUGUGCUUAAUAGUCGUUUAUGUAUGACAAUAAAUAUCUAUUGUAUCGUU